AUGAAAUCUUCUACUUCCAGUUCAACAAUUUUAAAAAAGUCACCCCGGGAAAAUCAUAAUGGUAACAAUACAAUCAAUACUUGGAAGAAUUUAAAUGAUUUAAUUUCAACUUAUCAAGAUUCAAAUACAUUACCAACUAUUUUAUCGCCUAAUUUACCUUCACGAUUUGAAAAUGUCUUGAAACAAAAUAAUUUAAAAGCUCCAAAAUCAACAUAUCCAAAUGAUGAAGAUAUACGACGAAAUAAGAAAUCUAAAUUUAAAGAUGAUGAAGAAAUUCCAUUAUCUAUGUUAUCACCUACAUUACCUGCACAAUUUGAGGAACAACAACUGCAACAAAGAUCAACAUCAACUCCAAAACCAAGUACUCCGUCAUCUUUCACUAAUAAAAGUAAUAAAGUUGGAACUUUUAAAUGGAUAAACAAAGUUUAUGACCCAGUAAAGCCUAAAUUUUUAAUGAGAAUUAAUUUUAAUAAUAGACUAAAGUAUAAAAAUAAAUUUACAAGAGAAACUACACCUUCAAAAUUGACGGGAUUCAAAAUUGAUACUGAAAAACUGGUUGAAAAGGUGGAGAAAGAUUCAAAAAAUUCGAACGAAGUGGAACAAUUACAAAACAAUUUUAAGUCUCAGAAAGAGGUAUAUGAAAAGGAAAUAGAUGAUAGAAAGAAGGAGUGUGAAAAGUUAAAUCUUGAGAAGGAAGCGAUAGUUAGAAAAUUAAAUCUUGAAAAAGAGGCAAUAGUUGAAGAAAAAGACAAUAGUAUGAAGAUUUUGGAGAAGACUUUGAAAGAGCUUCAGGAAGCUCAUAAGAAAAGUAUUGCAUCAGUUAAAGAAUUAGAAGAACUCUUGGAAAAAGAACGUAAUAAAGAAAAAGUUAAUAAAGAGAAACCAAGUACAAAAGAAUCUAAUAAUGAAGAUGAACAAAGAAAACGAAACCAAUUAAAACAAUUGACUCAAGAUAUUAUAAUGAGAGAAGGUCUGCAGCCACCAGUUGAGGAAAAAAUUCUAAUUGACAAUUUUCAAGAUGAUUCAAUGCUGAAGAAUCUAACACAACAACAAAGGGAAGAGAUUAAAAACAAUUUAAUUAACAAGAAGAAUCAUUAUUUACAAUUAUCUAAAACUAUGACAAGUAGGUAUCAAAAUUCAUCAGAUGAAUUUCUCAAAAUCAUUAUGCAAGUUGAUUGUAUAUUAGUCAAAAUUAUAAGUUUUGAUUAUGAUGAAAGAUCUAAAGUAGUUUCUCGGGUAUUACCUAGUGAAAGAUCAUGGAGGCAAUUAGAUAUUGAAAUUGAAGAGUUGAUUAAAAAGAUAGAUAAGAUUAAUCCCAAUUUUAGCAAUAUCAAAUUUGACCUUCUCAAGAUAGUUCAUUGUAUUUUAUAUCAAGCGAGAGCUAUUAUAAUGAAAAGGAUUAAUAACAUAUUAUCAACAGUUAUUGAAUCAUAUAUUUCAAGGAAUGAAAAGACAAAAGAAAACAAUUUAAAUAUUAAAAUCAUUGAAUUACAACAACAAUUAAUUUUAAAUAAUAAAUUAAUAAUUGAAAAUUUUAUGAACUCAAAACCAAAUUAUUUGAACUCAAUCAUACCUUUAAAAUUCUCAUAUACGUGGUAUAACAAAUCAUUAAAUUUGACCAAAACCCAACAAGAUUAUAAUUUAAAUAAUUAUCAUAAAAAUUUGAAACCUCCACAAUUAUACUAUUUACCGUUUGGAGAUUAUACAAAUAUAAACGAAUUGAAUGGAUUCUUAUACAAUAUUUUAAAAGAAUUUAUAGAGAUUUAUAACAAAAUUUAUCAAAAUCAACCAAUUAAAUAUAAUUUGCAGAGUAAUAGUUAA